CCUGGGAACCGUAAUGAUGGCGAGGUUCUCUGCAGUGGCUGUGUUGCUGGUAUCAACGCUAUGUUCGGUUGUUGCAACCAGCGACGCAAGACUGAAAACCUCGAGUAUCUCCGCUGUGGAAGAGGGUGGCUUUGUCAAAUACUCUAUCCAGUAUGAGAGUCCCUCUCAGGCGGAGGCUGUAUGGAAAUACGGAGAUAAGAUAUAUGAUACGGCCAAGGACACGUUCCGUGAAGGUCAAGGACGGUCAGAGCUGGUAGUAAGGAACCCUGCCUAUGGACUGAUCGUAGCUCUGAAACUGAGGGGCUCCCUGACGGAGUAUUACUAUGUUUUGGGGAAAUAAACGGAGAACUGGCCGUGUCUGAUAUAUCCAUUCGAUUUUCACCCGAUCCCAUUUCCUACACCCCAGGUGAGCCAUUCGAUAUAUCCGUAGAGAUCGAGAUAGAGGACUCAGACUUCUACAGUGUACCAGACCUUGGUUGGUAUUUUGUUGGAAUCAACAGCUCAUCUAAAGACGCCCCUGUCCAAGUAGUGACCCCGUAUGACUCUGUGGGUCAAAGGAUUGACAGGACAUUCAACAUUGACCCAGGUGUCAAAACCGUUGUGUCCUCCCGUCUCACUCUGUUGUCAGAAGAAGGACUGGUGUUUGUAUACAGUACGUUUUAUAGCAGGAGUUAUCUGCCCACUCUUGGCUCGACACGUGUCGCCUACCUCAAACAUAGAGAUCACGUGGGACCGUUCCCUGAAAACUUUGUUGGUGCCUACUCGCUGUCAGACGUAUUUGACGGGAAGAAAACAUGUGACGAGCGAUAUACCUGCUCUAUCGAAUGCAACGGCCUGGGACCGGACAUCGUGAAUGUGGAACUACGGAAGGGUAGACAAGGGCCAUCGUUGGACCCUAUUGUGUCCACCAGUAGCGAGUACGUACAAUGGAAAGAGUUCCAGAUAUUUCCGGUAACUCCGGCUGAUCAAGGAAUUUACUUCUGUAUCGCUACCGGCCGGAACGGUCAGACGGCAGAGAAGCAAAUCAAUGUGGAAGUUCAAUGAAAAUAAGGACCACCAUUUGUCUCAUUGCUAGUGGUCACCACUUAUUGCUGAUGGUCUUGUUAUCAGAUUCCGAUGAAAUCAUGAAACCUUUGAAAUAAACUUCACUAGAUCACGUCA